UGAGGCUAAAACCCCUCUCAUUCUUCUCUUCAUCGUUUUCAUCUUAAAACCCUAAUUCCUCUGAAAUCUGCAUCUCUCACUUCUUCGUCACUAUGCUUCCUCACUCGUAUGCUAUGGAUUCUCUCUCCAAAUCCCAGGACAUUGCUUCCGCCAUUAUCGCUGCUGCCUCUCCUUCUCAAAUACUCUCCGCCUGCGCCUCCAUCGAUUGUUUCCUCCAGUCUCACUCACCCGACCAAUCUCGCCAUUUUUUCUCUAUCGCCUUCCCAACCCUAAUUUGCAAGCUCUUCGGCUUCGACGACUCCAAUUCCUGCCCUCGACCUCCUAAUUCAUCCAAUGGUUGGAUCGAUACCGUCACUGCCUCCAACGAUUCCGAUUUAGCCAAUCGGAUAUUCUCUCUUCUCUCUCCCGAUGGUACUCUCCUCAACUCUAUCUUUGCCGUCGAUCGCCUCUCCCUCGUUAAGUACGUCUUCCCUGCCGAACGGCUACCGGAGUGGUCCCGUUUCCUGCUGUCCAGCGACAAGGAUUCCAGUGUCUUAUCGGAUUUGUGUCCCUUAUUUAGAGGUAAAGUGAAACCAGACUCCGUCAAGGGUUCUUCCCAUCAAAUCCAGCUUAAUGUUUUCGAGUAUUACUUCUUGUGGUUUGCUUAUUAUCCGGUUUGUAAGGGCAAUAAUGAGAUUUCGGAUCAUGUUUCGGUGAAGAGAGCUCGAAGGUUUAGGUUAGAGAAUUGGACUUCGUCUAUUCCGGGUUUUUCCAACCCUAAGCGCGGGGUUGAACAUAAAACGGAGUGUAACCUGUACUUACGGCUUCUCUAUGCUUAUCUGCGUGCAUUUGUGCCUACAUAUGAUCUAAAUGCACACCAACCAUAUCGCAGUUCACUUCUUCAUUAUCCUUCGGGUUGUGACGGUACACUUAUGAUGCGAGCGGAGUUUUUGGUGGAUACUUUCGUACAUUUUUGGUUGGUGGAUAAUGAUUUUUCUCCCCUGCCUGUGAAUUUGUGCAAGUCUUUUGGAGUAUCGUUUCCAUUUCGUUCAGUCUUAGGAGAGACACCUCCAACGCCAGGGUUGGGGGAGGUGGUUAAAUUGUUUGUGAGGUACUUGAAUUGCAGUACUUUUGCAGCCCUUGAAGGUCAUGAGAAUGUUGAUUAUUGUGGGAGUCCUAGAUUGGGGUCUAUCGGUUCAUUGGAUACCAUGAAGUCAAAGGAUGUAACAUCUAAGUUCCCUUCUGUGCGUUCUCUUGGAUAUUGGAACCCAAGGAUGCAGAGACCUCUGUACCGGUUUUUGUUGAGGACGUUUUUGUUUUGCCCCGUGGCAACUUCCAUUAAGAAUGCAUCUCAGGUAUUUCAUAUUUGGAUUAAUUACAUGGAACCUUGGGCAAUAAUCUCGGAUGAUUUUUCUGAACUUGAUGCAAUUACCACUGGAUCUGCUACAAAUGAAAGGAAGGAGAACACUCUGUCUAGAGCUGGUGUAUAUACACCUCAGUGGCAGGAUUAUGUUCUAUCGAACUACUUAUACUAUAGUUCCUUGGUUAUGCAUUUUAUUGGAUUUGCUCACAGGUUCCUUCACAGUGAUGUUGAGAUAAUAGUCCAGAUGGUGCUUAAGGUGUUAGACACCUUGACAUCAUCAAAAGAGCUUAUUGACCUUUUAAAGAACGUGGAUACCCUUUUCCAUUCCAGACAGUCUGGAUCAAUCAAAUCAAUGCCAAGUAAUUUGUACAGAUAUAUUCCAGUCAUAUGCGAACAGCUGCAGGAUUGGGAGGAUGGCUUAUGUGAGACUGAUGCUGAUGGCUCAUUCUUGCAUGAAAAUUGGAACAAAGAUUUGCGACUAUUUGCUGAUGGAGAGGAUGGUGGGCAGCAGCUGCUUCAGUUGUUUAUAUUGCGUGCAGAAGCUGAGUUGCAAGCAAUGUCUGGUGAUAAUCUCGUGCCCAGCCUCCAAUGCAUAGACUCAUUAAAAGCAAGGCUGGGGUUCAUAUUUGAGGGGCAAAUUAUCAAGUCACCUUCAACCGCGCCGGAACCAAGGCAGCAUCAGCAAUCUCAUGAUGAGAUAUUCAAGCCAAGAAGAGCCGGCAAACACUCAUUUACCGAUUUUCAAUACAAGGGUGACUGGAUGAAACGCCCCAUAUCCAACGAUGAGAUUGCGUGGCUCGCAAAACUGCUCGUUCGGGUGUCUGCAUGGUUGAACGAAAGUCUUGGACUGAACCAAGCAGUGAGCAGUCAAGUGGAUUCUAAAUGGUCAUAUGUGGAGGUGACAACUGAUGUCGCCCGUGUCUGUGGGCCUUCCGAGGCCCUGAAGGUGUUUUUCUGUGCUGUUGGUUCUUGGCUUCUCUUUCUGGGGGCCGCCUCUCUUGGACUAAUGAGAAAAUGCGGUCUAAGAGUAAACCUAAGGAUUCUGGCCUCAAAGAAGGUCGUGAUGGUUUUGAUCCUGUAUGUUGCUUUUAGCAUCUCAAAGAAACUUGUUCGAGCGUCCUAAAAAUCAAAACUGGUAGGGAUAAAGGCAUAUCGAAUAUACAGCUAGUGUAUAGAGGAGUGUAGAAAAUUUGGAGAGAAUGUUUUUGUUCAAGAAUUUUGUGUAUAAUAUGUUUCUGCCUUUGUAAUUUACAAGCCAGGUCAUCAAUACGAAAAUGUUUGAAUUAAAAAAAAAAA